AUUAAAGUUCCUGGUUGCCAAGAGUGAUGACCCCCGCUAUCCGAAGUAAACUGACGAAUCAACCCGCUGAGCGUCCUGUCAACCGUGUACUCCAAGCGAAAUGAGUGUUGAAGAGAGAUUUGCUUUUCUGGCAGAGUGGUAUGACCCAAAUGCAGCACUCCUUAGGCGUUACCAACUUUUGUUUUAUCCUAAAGAUGGAUCAGUUGAAAUGUUUGAUGUAAAAAAUCAACGUAUUUUUCUCAGAAGGACAAAAUAUGAUUGUCUACAUUUAGAAGAUCUUUUUGUGGGAAACCGUCUGAACAUUUUUUCACGUCAACUUCAUUUAAUAGAUUAUGGAGAUCAGCAUACAGCUAGUAAACUGGGCAGCAAAAAACAGAGAACACUUGCUAUGAUCAAGCCAGAUGCUGUUGCCAAAAUGGGAACAAUAAUUCAACUAAUCAACGAUGCAGGUUUAACCAUAACAAAAGCUAAAAUGACAACUUUUUCAAGGAAAGAGGCAGUGGAUUUCUAUGCUGAACAUCAGUCAAAGUCUUUCUUCAAUAAUCUCCUUCAGUUUAUAACUUCUGGCCCAAUCAUUGCCAUGGAGAUCUUUGGAGAUGAGGCUGUGGCAGCUUGGAGGAGACUCCUUGGGCCAACAGACUCAAGUGCUGCUCGAACUGAGGCACCAGACAGCGUGAGAGCAAAGUUUGGCACAGAUGGAACCAAAAACGCUGCACAUGGAUCAGAUUCAAUUGCAUCAGCAGCACGAGAACUGGAGUUUUUCUUCCCAUCCACUGUUGCCCAUGGACCAAUUAAUACCGCAACAUACCAUCACUGCACAUGUUGUAUUAUUAAGCCACAUGCUGUUGCAGAAGGAUUAACAGGAAAUAUCCUAAAUGCAAUCCUUGAUGCAGGAUUCCAGAUCACAGCUUUACAGAUGUUCAGUAUGGAUCGUGCUAAUGCAGAAGAGUUUUAUGAAGUUUACAAAGGAGUUGUUGCUGAGUAUGUUAGUAUGGUGGAGGAGUUGUGUGCUGGGCCUUGUAUUGCACUUGAAAUCUGUGGCCCAGAGGCGCCCAAAGCAUUUAGAGAAUUCUGUGGACCAGCUGACCCGGAAAUAGCCCGUCACUUGCGUCCUCAAACUCUGAGAGCCAUCUUUGGGAAAAACAAGCUCAAGAAUGCAGUUCACUGUACGGAUCUACCAGAGGAUGGAAUUUUGGAGGUUCAAUACUUUUUCAAGAUUCUGGAUGGAUGAAGACAUCUGGCAUGAUCCAACUCCAAUACAACUGCUGGAUUUUGUUUGUGCACUUUAUACAAUUUCUUUACAGAUGGAACAAAUAAAUAAGGACAUAAUGUCAAACCAACUUGUAAUUUUUCCUUUUUAUUUUCUUGAUAUUUUAACCUUUUUAAAUAAAUGAUCGACAGGAGUGUUGGGACCCCUGACAGGUUUACAGAUGUUAAACAUUGAGUUUUGCACUUUAACACCAAUAAAAUGACAUCCUACAGCAUGGGCGGGGAGGGGAGGGUACUGCAUUGCUUCAGCUUUGAAGAGAUACUAAAAUUUUCAACCAGUGACUUUGGUAUUAUUUUAUUUAUACAUUACACUUUCUUGCAGAAAAAUAAAAUUGUACAACAACUGCAUAAAUAUAAAAUUCUUCCACCAUGAAAAUGGUAAAACAUUCUUUAUAAAUUCACAUCACCGAGUGAUGUUUUCAGAAUAAAAUAGACAAAAACAUUGUUUGAAAGAAAAAAAAAAAAAAAAAAUCCCCACACAUCAGUCUGGCUCCAUUCUCACACACAGUUUCUACAUCAUACUCCAGAAAAUGUGAAAAUUAAAAACAAAACAAAACAAAAAAAAAAA